AUGACAACGUCAAAUAAGGAUUUAGACCCUGUCAUUUCGAGUGACACGUCAGCUCAGCUUGACUCGACUCAAGCAAGUUUGGAAUCGAAUCUGGAGCAUUUAUCAUUGGAGGCGUUGAGGUUCAUUUGUAGAGAAAUGGGUGUAACAGAUUCAAGCCCAAAAAAGGAGGUCAUUGCCAGGCUACUAAAAGAAGGAAGGGCCCGUUUGGGCCCAGAAAUGCCUGUUGAUGAGUCAGAAUCUUCCGGAAAAGAGAAGGAUGUUCAACCGCAGCUCUUGAGAAAUCGGAAUGAGAGUUUCGCAAAGAAGCUUGAUGCUUUUCAGAUGGCUAGUGAUAGGCAGGCUAUGUCUGGUUCAAAUUUCGUACAAGUGCCAAGUUGGAGCGCUAAGUUGGGUGCUUUAACUCUGGAGGAUGUGGAGCAUAAAAAUAUGUGGAAGAAACGUAAGUUGUCGAAACAGCGUAAUCAGUGGGAAUAUAAUGAGUGGUGCAAAGUAGGGAGUUUUCUAGACAAGGCCUUGGUAUCUGGUGAUAUAGGCUAUGUUCGUUUAGCGAGGCAAGUGGCGAUAGAAAAGGCUUAUGUUGUGAGAGUGGCUGAUGAAGAUAGUUGGGAGCUUUUGGAAAAUAAGCGUGAGAGAGCCAGACUAGCGGCACAGUGUUUUUCGAAAUCUAAAAAGCCAAGAGCAUCAUAUCAUCCUCAUUCAGAGCAGCCCCAGCGCCAGUCCCCUAUCUUUCAGCCAAUGAGUUUGCAAAAUCAGUUCGGAGGUUCCUUGACGGUUCCUCCUCAAACUGCUCAGAUGAACCCACAGUUCUUAUAUGGUGGGAAGCAGCCUUUUAACCUGAAUACUGGUGUGUCAUCUCCGGUUCAGCAACAGCCAUACUCCUCAUCGCCCUACAUUUUGAAAAGGGUGACAAAAACAAGGGAUUCAAGGGAAGAGAGGUAG